AUGCCGGACCACCUUUCGAUAGAAGAUGGAUUUAUAUCGCAAAAGUUUAAAUUUUUCCUAUCCGGCCCGGAUGGAUGCGCAAUAGUUGCUGCUAUUGAAGAGCAGUACCAAUGUUUCAUAGAAAUCGUGAACGACUCAUUAAAGAUCACACCGAAACAUCAAAAUGCGGACGUCACAAGUAUUGAAAAUAUACUUCGUGAGACUUGGCAGAAGCAAAAUGAUCGUUUGGUUAUCAAGGCGGCAGCACUAAACGCCUCAUGUACGCAUAUGUGUCAAGCAAUUCUUCCUCGCGCAUACUCGGCUGUCGCGAUACUCUUUUCGGAUGACAUUCGGCGACGAUCGCGUUGCGAUGAUGUUCUCAAUGAGCAUUUCGAUGGAAAAGUUACAAUUUAUGGAAACGAAACUGCUGUGGAGCUGGCGCGAAUGUUUCUUAUUGAAUGUUUGACGGAUCAUUUCGGGCCAUUAGAGAUGGAAAUCCCACCUGUGCAACGGACGACAAAGAACUUGAACAAUUACAUCGGUCAGGCUUCUAUUCCUUCACCGAAGCGUAGCUAUUCUUUUGGGACUCCACCAUCUGAAAAUGACAUUUUUGCGAAUUGCGAUGUUCUUUCUCCACAAUCUUCCACCAAUUCGUUGCCUCCAUUUUUCGACGAAUCGUUUCUUUCGAACAAGUUUGAUCAGAAUAUAACGAUUCCUGCUCCAAUUGUCCCAUCGUCGUUCAAUUAUCCGCCGCCACCAAUUCCACAAUUUUCACCAAUGAGCUUUUUUGCGCCACCACCGCCACCACCCCAUAUGAGUCCAAUAUCACCACCGAGAACUAAUAAUGUUGAGAAACUUCGUGUUUUGAUCACGAAGGAUGAUGUUAACCGGAUUUUGGGAAAUCGUGCAGCACUGAAAAAGCAAAUUGAAGCUCAAUUUAACUGCGUCGUUUCUGUGCGCACCGAUUGCCCAUUCCAGUUUGGAAUGAUUCCCGUCGAAAUAAUGGGGCAAAAUUCGGAACAAUGCAGGAAUGCGAGAGAUUGGAUAUGUAAAACUGCAUGUCAUCAAUAUUCUGAUGGUUCACCAACCAAAUCGGAUUCUGGAAUCUCGAGCAACUCAUCGCCAUCGUCUCUGGAGAAUAUAACUCCAGAAAAACGAUUCCCAAGAAAAAGUGCAUUCCGCGAUCAGCCAAAAGUUCUACUCGCAUUGAGCCCGCGAAAAACGCCGCCAUUGGAAUAA